AUGCUGUUCCAAGCGUUGCCGAACGAUCGUGCCGUACUGCCGUUGCUCCUGUACAUUCAGGAGCGGCUUGGACUUUGGGGUGAAUCCUACCGGGCACGCUAUCUGUUUGUUGUUGUGGCGUUUAGCAUUACUGUAUGUAUUCCGAAGCUUACUACUACCUACACCAAUCUGGAAACGUUCAUCUGCUCGAUGGCGGAGCAUGUCUUCAUCGGGAAUGUUUUCGGCGGUGCGAUGCUGCUCUGGACAGAGUACGAUUCCUUCAGACAGUUCAUCGAACAAGUGAACAGUUUGACAAAGCACUGUAAGUACGCUUGAGAUAUCUCAGUUAGGAAUGUAAUUUCAACAAAGCCUUCCCCAUUUUUCUGUUUAGUUUAUAGAGAAGAUCCGCUGAAGGAGCAUGUGUUACAGUUUAAUUAUCUAAUCCAUCGCUACACCAACAGAUACUGUUUCUCGGUGAUGAUUUUAAUCAUGUUCUACCUUGCGGCACCAGUAAUAACCAGCUUCGUGGUAUACUUUCAAUCCUUAUGGCAAUAUUACCACCUAGCAAAUGGCACUGUCCGUGCCUGGGAUAUUUCACAUCGACAAUUUUCCCUCCACAUGGAGCAAAGUUUCUACGGACUCCAGCAUCGUAGCAACAUUCUACACUACACACUCUACAUCGCAGUCAUAGUGCCGAUGAUGUUCGUAACGGCCUGUACCGUGCAUAUGAAG